AUGGAUACACAACUCUGGACAAUCACGGUCGAGCAACCGUUCUUGAGGACCCGCUGCAGUCUGGGCGAAGGGCCCUUGUACGACCACCGAACGUCGACGUUACACUUCAUCGACAUCGAACGCAACAAGCUGUACCACCUUGACAUACGUUCAUCCGAACUCAAAGUAGAGCAAUUUGAAGAACCGCUGACUUGUCUGUCCCUACGCAAGGACGGAGGGUUGGCUUGUACAACGGCCAGAGGGUUCGCCGUUAUUGAGGACAGCUCUACCUUGCGCUACCUGUCUCAGCCCAUCCCUGAGGAACAUCAAGCUUUCACUCGCUUCAACGACGGCGCAUGUGAUAGCAACGGACGUUACGUCGCGGGUACAUUAGCCUCGAAGGAGCACAACAUCGUGGGACAGCUGUACAUGUAUGAUCCCGCGGACAACUCCAGCAGAGUGAUAGAUCCUGGACCGUUCACGGACUGUAACGGCCUAGGCUGGAGCGCCGACGGGAGGACAAUGUACCUCACCGACUCCUUCGUCAACAAGAUAUAUGCGUACGACUACGAGGACGGAAAGCUGUCUGGUAGACGCGUGUUCGUCGACCCGCUUUCUCAUGGUCUUCCCGAAGGAACAUACCCGGACGGUCUCUGCAUCGAUAACGCAGGGGGCGUAUGGUCGGCAAGGUGGGGCGGAUCCAAAAUCAUUCGGUACACCCCGGACGGUGCAGUCGAUCUGCAAGUAGUCUUCCCCACGGCGCUCAACGUUACAGCGUGCUGCUUCGGAGGUGACAAUGAGGACCAGUUGUAUGUGACAACCGCUCACUGUGGUGCAUGCGGCGGCGAUGCCGGCAGACAGGCUCAGUACCCGGACUCUGGAGAUUUGUUCGUCGUUGACUUGUCCGGCCAGUUCAGGGGUGGUAGAUGGCGCCACGAUUUCACGGCUUGAGUGGCAGAUAUGCGGAUGCCGGAUGAGUAUCAAGGUUUCGUUGUUACGACACUACCUAGGCGGUUCCAUGAAAAAUGUACAGUAGAAUCUGGAUAGGGUAUGGCCAAGCACAUGAAGGUCGACAAUUGCGUUCUAGUGCAGACCAGUGGAAGUCCUUCGGACACCCCACACUGACCGCACAGAUUGCGAAGUCUACUAACGGGAGAUGAACGUCAGUCGAUUCACAGCCAGCAGUGAUUUGGCAAAGGGGGAUGGCAAACAUGGACCGGUUCUUCG